AACAGUCGAAAUCAGUCUCAAUAUUGCUCAAUAUCAACAAGUCUAAUAGAGGCAUUAAUCAUUGUGAUUAUUACACGAAUAAAGCAUUAAUAUGAAUGUGAAAUUGUGUUUGUGUGUUCGCCUUUCACGCUGUACCGGGAGCGAUGAUUCGGUUGUAUUUAUGCUCUGAUCCGUGAAAUCUUUUUUUGCGAAUAUGAUUCUUCGUUGCUAUUGACUUAGGGUGUCACAUUCUUUACUAUGAUUGACAGAUUGAGUGUGACGUUAGUGAUGUCGCCAUAAUGUCAAAAUCUAUGAACCGAUUUCCAUGAACUUUUGCAUACCUAUAGAGUGUAGUAUGAAGAAGGACAUAGAGUACUUUCAAGGCGGAUGAAAACUAGUUUAAAUAAAUCUAAAGGAAUCUUAACAAUAGUAGCAAAUUGUCGUAGUUACAUAGAUACGGCAACACAGAACUGUCUGUUUCACAAAAUCCAAAGAACUUUUCUUUCAUUGGAAAUUGGAAUUGAACGAACGAAAGGAAACAUGGUGUAGUUCAGAAUGGUUGUUGGUUCAGCAGCAUAUCCUGGGAGGCAAGUGCUCCACAAAAUGCAGCCUAUGGGCAUGACACCGCGUGAGCUCUCUGAAUAUGAUGACUUAGCGACCGCCCUCAUAGUGGAUCCUUACCUCAACAUUACCACCCAUAAAAUGAACAUAAGAUACAGACCUUUGAAAACAAACAAGGAGGAGUUAAAGCAAAUAGUGAAAGAAUUUAUACAGACCCAGGAUUACAAUAAAGCAUAUUCAAGAUUAGCCAGUGGUGAAUGGAUGCCUAGACAUUUUAGUAAAAAUAAACAUCAACAAAACAAAUUGAGAGAACAUAUAUACCGUUAUCUUCGUGUAUUUGACAAGAAGGCUGGUUUUGUUAUAGAACCAUGUUAUAGAUACUCCUUAGAAGGCAGGGUUGGAGCAAAAAUUUCUACUACUAAGAAAUUUUUUAAACAUGAAAGAAUAGAUUUUUUGGUAGGUUGUAUUGCAGAGAUGACAGAGGAAGAGGAAAAACAAUUGCUUCACCCAGGCAAAAAUGAUUUUUCUGUUAUGUAUAGUUGUAGAAAAAAUUGUGCACAGUUGUGGCUUGGACCUGCAGCAUAUAUAAACCAUGAUUGCAGGCCUAACUGUACCUUUGAAGCUACUGAUCGUGGUAAGGCAUUUGUUCGUGUUUUAAGAGACAUUGAGGUUGGGGAAGAAGUUACUUGUUUUUAUGGAGAAGAUUUCUUUGGAAAUGGCAAUUGUUACUGUGAGUGUGAAACUUGUGAGAGACGGGGUAAAGGAGCAUUCUCUGUCAAAAGUCCUCACAAUGAUGAACAGGCUACACGGUAUAGGUUUAGAGAAACUGAUAAUAGAAUUAAUAGAACUAAGGCUAAGCAAACACAGAAAAUUAAUGAUAAGAAUCCAGAAAAACCUCGAAUGACAAGUAGACAAAAUUCCAGUAUUGUAUCUCCUCUUAGUAUGAAAGAAAUGAAGCAGAGAGGAUUGACGAAAUAUGACGCAGAGUUGUUAAUAGCUCAGGGAUGUAUUGCAGAUAUUGUUGAUGGAUCUGUUAAUAAGCAAGCUCAAGGUAGCCGUGAAUCAUCUGCUUCCAGUCGUGGCGAAAGGUUACGGCGGCGGACAGAUAGCAAUCGCACAACAAAUGGAGUGCUACCAACUACAAAGAAUCAGAAACGUGGGCCCCCUUCAAGGUGUUGCAGCACAACUAGUUCUCGUAGUAGUCGUGAUUCUCAUAAUGGUAUUGUUUUGAGAAGUCACAAACGUUUACUUGAUUCUUGUGCAUUAAGUAACUGUGUAAAAAUAAAGAAUAAGGAGGAUGCCGAAGUAAAAUUGGAGAGAAACCUUCAUACUCCAAAAAACGAAACUGAGUUGCCGAAUUCAGUAGUAGCAGAAAAAAUAGUUAUAAAGUCAGAACCCGUGAAUGAAAUUUUACGAAAUAAGUUGAUAUUAGAAGCAGAUUCUGUUGAUAGUAAAAUGGAAAAUAAAGAAGGUCAAUGUAAUGUAAAAGAAUCUCUGUUACAGACCAUUGAAUUAAGUUCAUCUUCAGAAGUUACAAUAGAACAUCUCUCUUGUAACACUGAGCCAGAUAAGAAAGUUGAAGAAGCUGAAAGUGUGAGUGAUACGUGUUCUAAAAGUGAAAUUUAUGAUUUUAGAGAAAAUGUUAACCCUAGUGAUUUGAAUGAUUGUAAAUCGAGCAAGAGUAACAAAAUAGAUGGGUCUAAUAGAGCCCAAGAAACUAAGAAAGAAUUGGAUACAGGACCUCCUUGGUUAGCAGACAAUUCUAACAAAGGCAGUGAGUAUCCUUGUACACCACCAAGGAGAGGGUUAAAAUUAACUUUACGUGUAAAAAGGAGCCCUGUUGUGGAAGAAGUAAUGGAUUGUGGUUCCACAGCAGAGGUUCCAGAGUAUGAGGUGUUGCGGUUGGAAGGUGUAGAUCCUGAGACAGUGCGCCGCAUGAAGAAGCGACGUAGGUCAAAAGAGCGACAUCGGAAGCACAGUCCCAUCCGUCCCCUGCUUCCUAUGAAACGUUUGAGGUUGAUUUUCGGCAAUGAAAGUCGUACUAUUGACUUGCCUCCUGCUAUAUCAGCAGACUGACCGCAAGUACCUUAUGGAUAUGUCUCCACCGUUAUUAUUCAAUUAUUAGUUUAAUUUUCACUGACUAGGAUAUUAUGUCUAGUAUUUAUUUUAAUGAUGUGAAAUCCUGAUUUUAAGUAUUUGUGUGAUAGGCAUCAAACUUAUGUUUGAUGAUUCCAAGAACAUAUUUAUUAAAACUAAAUUGUUAUUUCAUUAGCACUAAUUUAUUGGGUCCCGAACUCUAGCUCCAUAUACAUUUGUCAAAUAAGUUUUAAUGUAAAUGUAUGUAUAUUCUUAUUCUUAAUUCCAUUUGUAAUGGGAAAUAACUGCCUUUAGUUUAAACAGAACUGAAAUCACUUAUUUGAUGAAGAGUUACUUAGAUCUGUUUUUCUGACUGCUUAAUAAAUAAAAUAUAGUGGAAGCGGACUUGUAUAUAGCAUGUGUGAAUGCCUUGAAUUUGUAUGUAUUUAGUCAAUAUUAAUUGGUUUUUCGUUGGAUCAUUAAAACAAUGAAUAACACCAAAUGCAGACAUUUGUUUGAUUAUGAUUACAUUCUUUAAAUUUUGAUGUUUAUAGUUAAGUUCCUAUUAACUACGUUGCUUGUAGGGCUCAUAUUUAGUGGCUAGAAAUGCAGCCAGUGGUUGGGAAUAGAUCAAAAAUUUGCUUGUUUCCUAAUAUUCCCAAGGGUGGGAAAUCAGAAUAACAAAUUUUUAACAAACCUACGAGGGGGUUUGAAAAAUUCUCGGCCCGUCUAAGAAAACAAAGAUAAAUAAACAAAAAAAUAUUUUUAUUUUUCUACAUAAUCCCCUCUUGUCUCAAUACACUUAUUUAAUCUAUAUUCUAGGGCUUCUAUGCCACUCUUAUAGGCCAAUUCUUCCAACUCGUCAAAAAAACGUUCCGCCUCAGCCAUGACCUCUUCAUUUGUGGAAAAUUUCUUUCCAGCCAGGUGUUUUUUCAAAUUAGGGAACAGAUAAUAGUCCGAUGGUGCUAAAUCCGGUGAAUAAUGGUGAUGGUUCAAUACAACAAAACGCAGUUCAUGGAGUUUAGCCAUUGCAACAACUGAUUUGUGCACUGGUGCUUUAUCCUGAUUAAAAAGGAUUUUUUUUUUCGCCAAUCCCGGGCGUUUUUCACGGAUUUUUUCUGCUAAUUUAUCCAACAGGUUAGCUUAGUAUGGGCCUGUAAUAGUUUGUCCUUUCGGAAGGUAGUCAAUAAAAAUUAUUCCCUUGUAAUCCCAAAACACGGAUGCCAUCACUUUUCCUGCAGACUUUAUCGCCUUGGCCUUCUUUGGAGGCGGAGAACCUCUAUGUUUCCACUAUUUUGAUUGUUCUUUUUUUUCAGGAAUAUAAUGAUGUAUCCAACUUUCAUCGGUGGUAACAAAUCUUCUCAAAAAAUCGGCGGUAUUUGACCUAAACAAGGCCAGAAUCUCACUUAAAAUUUCGACUCUGUUGAGUUUUUGUUCGGCGGUCAGCAAACGCGGCACCCAUCUUGCCGAAACCUUUUUCAUUCCAAGUUCAUUGGUUAAAAUAUUAAAUACCCGCUCGGUUGAGAUCCCUAUAGUGUCACUUAUCUCUUGCACUUUUAAUCUGCGGUCGUCUAAAACCAUUUUAUGGAUUUUAUCGAUCAUUUCUGGCGUGGUGGACGUUGAAGGCCUUCCGCUCCUAGGGUCAUCUUCGAUGCUUUCUCUGCCUUGUUUAAAUAAAGCUACCCACUUUUUUAUCGUCGAAUACGAAGGCGCAGAUUCACCUAAAGUGUUAUCCAUGUCUUCCUUAAUUUGGCUAGGUGUCAUAUUUUUUUGACGAAAUAUUUAAUCACGGCUCUUACUUUGGUUUUUUCCAUUUUUCCGGUAGAGAGUCAGAUUAGCUCAAACAAAAAAUCGUAAAAAAAUAAACACACAACCUAUCACAAUGAAAUUUAACACACUUGUAAAUAAAGAAUCAAUCUAUCGAAUGAGUAUAUUCUUAUUUUUAUUCUAGCCUCAAAUCUAGGUUAGGCCGAGAACUUUUCAAACCACCCUCGUAUUUUAAAACAUAAGUUAUUUUUUUCUCUGUUCACCGUGGAAAUCAUACCAGUAUUUUGCACUGGUUCCUCCUCUUGGCUUCAUCGCGCGAUUAAAAAGUUGAUAUUUCGACUCUUUGAGAAAUUAUGAUUUAUUUCCAAUGGAUGUCGUAAAAGGCGACUAAGGGAUAGGCUUACAAACUUGGGAUUCUUUUUUAGGCGAUGGGCUACCAAACUGUCACUAUUUGAAUAUCAAUUCUAUCAUUAAGCUAAAUAGCUGAACGUGGCCAUUCAGUCUUUUCAAGACUGUUGGCUCUGCCUACCCCGCAAGGGAUAUAGACGUGACCAUAUGUAUGUAUGCCCUCAUUACAAAUUCAUGAAUAGGAUAUAAAACUUACGUAGGUAACUACAGUUCAUGUAGGUAUAGUCUUAAUGAACAUUUGGAUGAGAAUAAGUAAAUUGCAUUUUAUUGAUUAGCAAGUUGUAGUUGUUAAUUUAUUAAACAUAAUCUAUUCUACUCUCUUUACGGUUACGAUAAACCAGCGGGUGGUGUUUUGUAGCGUUAUGUAAAUGUAAUAAAUAUUAUGGAAAUAUGAAUUCAACAAAGAGUUUUAGGCAAUAUAUACCUACAUAAUAUAGGUAAAUAUAUAAGUAUAUAUAAUAUACCUAUAUAUAACAUGUAUGUACUUCUUUUUCUAUCUUAAGGUACUUGCACACUGGGCAUCUUUCGAGCGGUCACGGUCAUCGUCGCAGCGUCGACGUUGGUGGCACUAUUUGCGACGAUACUCAGUGUGGACAUUCAUUUCAGACAUUUUUUGGUCUGUUUAGUUGUGUAGUGGAAAGAUAUUAACAUCAAGGCAAGGCAAGGUUUUUUACACU